AUGGCCGAAGGCGUCUUUCGGUCGCUCGCGAAAUCCCACCCUCGCAUUGGCGACAUCGACUCAGCUGGCACUGGCGCCUAUCACACCCUCAAUCCACCCGAUGAUAGAACGCUCGAUACGCUUCGAAGACAUGGAAUCACAGACUAUGAUCAUGGUGCCCGUCAGGUGCGCACAAAGGAUUUCCACGAGUUUGAUUACAUUUUCGCAAUGGACGCCUACAAUUUCAGUGAUCUGCAGCGGCUGCAGCGAAGAGUUGAAAGCCGAGGACAGAAAACAAAGGCCAAAGUCAUGAUGUUUGGCGAUUUCGGGGGAAGAAGGGAGGGUGAAGAAGUGAUCGACCCUUAUUACGGUGCUGACAGCGGAUUCGAAGAAGUCUACGAGCAGGUCACUCGGUUUUCAAAGAACUUCCUGGAACAGGUUGUCUACACGAGUACGUGA